AUUCGCUUUUCUUUAUUUGCGUUGAUGUGUGUGGUGCUUUCUGUGCUGCGCUCGCUGGCUCACUGACCAAACGUGAAAAUCAUCAACAAAAAAGUUCAUUCACUCCCGAUAAUUUCCCGAUCGAAUUCGCGUGUCUUCACUGAGACUGGCUAGCCCGUGGCCAAGUCCCGCGUCUCCCCUAAGCCUAGCAUAACAUGUCGAUAACCGACUUCCUGAAAGAUCUCCCCUGCCACAAUGAGGAAAACUUCUCGCUGUUCAAUACGGAAAAUGGCGUGAAGACAUCUUCCAAGAGACCCUCGGUCUACAUCCCGACGGUGGACAUUCCUUCCGAACAGGUGAUAGUAACCGAGAAAAAGAAUAUCCUUUUGCGCUAUCUACACCAACAAUGGGACAAAAAGAAUGCACCCAAAAAGCGAGAACACGGAAAUGACGGCAACGACACCCUCCGGAAACGACCGCGGCUGGAAUUACCCCCGCGGGAAAAUAACAACACGUAAACCGAUCAUCGCUCGCUGUUCUGCUAACCUUGUGCCGUUGUCGUUGUCGUCGUCUCGUCUAUCUGCCAGUGAAAGGAUACAUAGCGAAGAGAAAAAAAAAUCAAUUUCACCACCAAAUUAUUUAAACAGGAUUCGCACUUUUGGUUUCCUUUUUCCCGAACCGAGUUAUAUAUUCUUGAUCGAUUGAAAAUAUUAAAUUACCCUACAUAGGGAAUCGCGCCACUUGUGCGGUGGCUUCUAUUUUCGUCUGUUUUCCACUAUAACUCAGUCAAAUUUGAACCAAUUGACACAAUUUUUGGAAUGCAGUGAGAUAGGUAUAGUAUCUACCCGUGUACAACAUUUCAAGUCAAUUGGUUCAAAAUUGACUGAGUUAUAGUGGAAAACAGACGAAUAUAGAAGCCACCGCCCAAGUAGCGCGAUACCCUAAAUGAAUGAUUUUGUUAGAAGGAAAUCGUGAAUCGUACUCAAUAGACUCUAAUUCUUGAUUGAAUCUGUUUAUCAUAGCUACUACAGCAAUACCUCCGAAUAGUCACCGUAGUGUGCUCCAUACCAUUUUCAAAAAUCAAAAGAGCAAAUUUAGGCAGCUCCAUUAUAGGUUUUGCGCGACAUGUCUAAUAAUCACUUUUCUGUAAAAAUAAUAACCUUGUUUCCUUCUAAGUUUUGGACAUUUAACGCAACGGAAAUUUCUUUCCACUUGUUCUUCAGUUUAUUUGAAUAAAUUGUCUAUUAGUUGGUUUUGAUUGCAUCUGUGUCGAGAAGAUUCAGCCUGAAUACGUUUAAGAAGUAAAUAAUAAAUGUAGAAGUAAGUCAUA